AUGUGUAGAGUUUGUCAAUCCUUCCGUACAUGCUGGAUUCCGUUCAUCUUCGUCUUGAUCCUCAAGCUCACGGUCAUCGUGGCCGUUCGGUUCUCCGAUCCCGAGUCGGAUCCGCCUGAGCUCUCAGACUGUCCAGACACUUGCACGUCACCUUCCCAUCGCAGCGGCUCUUACGAGCUGCGAGGAGAAGCAGCGCGAGGCUUGAAGAGGGCAGACCAGUAUUUUGUCAGCAGCAGCUGCCAUGAAGCUCCUGGCGCGGUGGCCAGCGUUGUGCCCUGGAUCGAUGCCGAGGACCCCAUCAACGGCUCCUUCGUGGCCGUGUUUGCCGACCCGGUUCUGAUCAACAAGAUGCGCCGGGCAACCUCCGACAGUCUAAGGCUGUGCGCUGUCCAGAAUGGAGACGCCACGUGCAUUUGCAAGCUAGUUGGCGAGAGUCCGCUGGGUGUGCUCGAGCGCGCAGCAGCCCUGCUCCCGCACUCCAGCAAGGUGCAGGCUUUGCAGUUGGCCAUGGAGAGCUGCCCGGAGAACGUGCCGGAUCUCCUGGCCGGAACCCUACUGGUGAGCUGCCUCCUGGUCAUUGUGGUUGCGACCUGGAUGCUGUGGGCGGCUUGGGCCAGCUCCCGGCUGAAGCCCCUGACACCGAAGGCUCACUGCCAGGGCUUCAUGGAACUGAAGACGCCGAUGCAGAAUUUCCUGAGCGGCCUCUCGUGGGCCGCGGGCUUCAUGCUCUCCCUGGCGGCCAUGCAGACAGGGGCACUUUCAGUAGUCCAGAAGUCCUGUGACUAUGAGGCAGUUGUGUGGCUCGUAGCGGCCUCUCCGACUGCCCUCGCGCUUGCGGCCACAGUGCGGCUCAUGCAACUCCUGGCCAAGAAGCAGCUGUGCCACGCGAGCUUGGGUUUGGGCUGCGUGGUGGUGGACCAGCCGCAGGACUCCAGCGACUUCUUCCUCGUUGCCGCCUUGUUAGCUUACUUUCUCCUCAUCGUCUGCAUGGCGAGCAUCGACAUCACUACGCUGCUUUUGGUUCUGACGGCGCUCAGCGGCUCUACGUGGACUGUCCUGAAGGCCGUGAGCUCGGCGCGUGACACAGAGAAAAGCCUGAAGUUCGUGGAGGUCAGUUGUGAUCACCUCGCCGAGACUUCCGAGAAGCCCAAGAUGGCUGCGGUUCCCUGGGUCGCCCUGCGAGAAGCUCACGCUGGCAAGCUGGAGGACCUCCAGGCCCUCUUCAGCUCGAGCUCCGGUCCUUCCCCUUCCUCUCGAGAGCAGCCAGCCCGGUUUAGCCUGGGCUUCGGCCUGGCUCGGCAAGGGGCUGUGGUCCGAUUGCUGACUGGUUCCUGCGCGGGCUUCAUGAUCUUGCCCUCCUUCGUCGCCUUGCUAGCCCUGUCCUUGUGCUUGUCGGCAGCGCACAUGACUCGCUAUGCCUGUUCCGUGGGGGAACUCACGGACCUGAACCUAGUCAGCUCUAUGCACUCUCUGACCUACGCCCCGUGGCAGUUGCGCUACGAGGUCACCACGGACGUUGCCUUCCAGCAGCUGGCGAUGGUGGCGUGGGUUCGGCCUUCCGCAACCCGCCUCAUGUCUUUCGGCCAGCCGGAGCCGGCCGAGCCGCGCACAAUCCUCCCCAUCCAGGAGAACCAGAGCUCGGCUGUGGAGGAGAUUCAGUUGGUGGGCCGGCAGAUUCCGCGUGUCGCAAGUGUGUGGGUCCAGGGCCUCCGUCCGUCUCGGCCAGAGACGCAGUACCAAGUCCGCUUUUCGCCUGCUGAUACCAUUCCGACCGUCCUGUGGCUCCGUGCCGGGAGCUUUACCAGGGCCGUCGCUUGGUCGACGCUAUCCGGUUCGGUCAUCAGCAUACCCGCAGGUGAAGACACGCUGCAGGUCGAGGUCGGCUUGGCGGACUUCACCGUGAGCCUUCCGCGGGCACCCUCAGCGCAGAAGGCAAAUCCCAAGUCGAAUGCUGAGCUUUGGACAUCCUACGAACCCCACCUUGGUGCAACCGAAGCACUUUGCUCAAAGCUCUGUGCAGACAGCUUGCAUUGCUUCCGCUCUUAUCCCGGAGCUGCCGGCUGCUACCCGGUUCUGGGGGACCGCGAGAGUUGGGAGGGCAGCGAACUCGGGGAGUCUCAGACGGAGCAGAAACCCCCAGGCUACGAAAAGCGCUUGCGUGGCCAGCUGGAUGGCUGCAGGCUCGACAGUGGAAAGCCGGACGAGGGCACGGCCUCAACCACGCGCUGUGGACAGGUGAAGACGGAGGGAGGGCGGCUCAACUUCGGCGAGAUUCAGCCGGACUGGGGCAACGGCGCAGCCACCCUCAGUUUCAACCUGGAUGUCCGGAUCGGUGGGCUGCACUUCGACUCCCACGUCACCCCGAUCUCGUUGCAGCAAGGGCCUCCCCGAGUCACUGACGUGCUGGCUGUCCUUCUCGGCGUGAAGGAGAACGGAACGAGCGUCCUUCGCAGCCAGGGCACAGUGGACGACCAAGGCGGGAUCGUCAUCAACGUCUCCAGGUACGAUCCCAGUUCCUUUCAGAGCCUCCGCUUGCUAGUGAUGCCCGUGGUCUCAGACCCCGCGUUUCGUGCAAACUGGUCCGAGUGGAGCCCCGCUGAUGUGACGGACCGGAAGCUCUUCAAGGAGAACAGCCGAUGCGCGGAAAGCGUCUUGGUGCGGUCGCGCUACACGAUCUGCGCUGCGGAAGGCGGGGUCACCCACGGGCGACUGCAAGACAAGCCCCUCGCUGUCGCGAUGGAACCCUUCACGGGCCAGCUAAUAAAGGCCCCACCGAGCUUCACAGUUGUGCCCCGCAAAGUGGGCUCCGCGUGGGAGUGGUCCUCCGAGAAUUACGGCAUGGCCUUGGAGUUCCAGGGCGUUGACAGCCCUGCAGCUUGGGCUGCGCAAAGCCACGGCUGUGCAGUUCUGAACCACAGCUCUGAGGCCGAGCUAAGCAUCCUUGGCUCGGCGGAUGCCGUGUGCCAGCUGCUGUCCGAAUGCGGAGAGCAGCUUUGCGACGAUGUCAUUGGUUUCAGUCUGGGCAGAGUAUCAUGGUCAAGUUCUGCGCUGGUGCCUUCGGAGGGCACGGUGCAGCUGCUUACGUGCCUGAACGCAUCAGCCCCCGAGUGCAGCCGCGCAGUCCAUGCCGAUUGGCGCUACGCUGAAGGUCGUGUUCGCCUACUUUACUACACCUUUCAGGUUCCGAUGCGCACGUUGCUGGAGCAGGCAGACAGGCUCCGCCACACCGGAGGCCUGGCCUUGCUGCAGGACAUCCGGAGGGCCUUGCGCGGAGGAGAGUUCGACAAAGACGCUGCCCAGGAGGUGUGGCGGGUGAAGCCUUCGGCUGAACUGCUGGUCACCCUCGCAGGCUUGGACAACGAGCUGCCAAAGCUGCUGCUUGAAGAGCUGAUGCGGAGCCCUUUUGCAGAAGCGCCACCCGCCACACCCGAGCUCCAGGCAGCCUUUGCGAACCUUACGCAGAUGACAGUGAGCCUCCACGACGCAGCUCAACUCCACCAGGUUGCAGCCCUGGCAGAGAUGGCAACAGGGCUGGGUCAACUGCACAUCUCCUGCAGACUGUGCAAAGUUUUGCGCAAGGCACCAUUCCCGACAGAUUUUCAGGGCCUCUCCCGGCAUACCAAGCUUCGUGCACUGACGCUGCGCAGCUUCCAACUCGCAAGGCUUCCUGUGAAGCUGUUCCACGGCUUCGGACAGCUGGAGAAACUGGAUUUGAGCCACAACCAGCUCCAAAGCCUGCCGGCAGAGAUUUUUCAUGGCCUCGAGCAGUUGAAGGAAGUCUCUCUGAACGGCAACAAGCUCCAAAGCCUGCCGGCAGAGGUUUUUCAUGGCCUCAAGCAGUUGAAGGAAGUCUCACUGAACGGCAACAAGCUCCAAAGCCUGCCGACAGAGGUUUUUCAUGGCCUCGAGCAGCUGAAGGAACUCUCUCUGUUCGGCAACAAGCUCCAAAGCCUGCCGGCAAAGGUUUUUCAUGGCCUCGAGCAGCUGGAGAAACUGGAUUUGAGCAACAAUCAGCUCCAAAGCCUGCCGGCAGAGGUUCUUCAUGGCCUCAAGCAGCUGCAAACUUUUUCUUUGAAAGGCAACCAGAUCCAAAGCCUGCCGGCAAAGGUUUUUCAUGGCCUCGAGCAGCUGGAAACGCUUGCUUUGUCCAGAAAUCACCUCCAAAGCCUGCCGGCAGAGGCUUUUCAUGGCCUCGAGCGGCUGAGAUUGCUGCUUCUGAGCCAAAACGAGUUCCAAAGCCUGCAGGCAGAGGUGUUUCAUGGCCUUCCGCAGCUAAAGGAGCUGAAUCUGGUGGGCUGUGAGCAGCUCAGCAGGCUUCCGGCCAUUUGUGAAGAGCCAAGCCUCCGAUGCACCUUCUAG